AUGAAUCGAAAAUUAAGUCAAAACAUUUUGCACACUAAUGAUUACAAUAUUCGAAGAAAAAGUUUAUUGGAAAAAACCUACUCCAGUGUUGACAACGAAACAAAGCUUAUCAAUGCAGUUGCUAGAGGAGAUUUAGAAGAUGUUAAAAACAUUCUUGCAAUACCAAAUCUUUCAGUAAAUGCUAUUAGAAAACCAGGUUGGUCAGCACUCCAUCACGCUUGUAAAAAUGGAAAUAAGGAGAUCGUUAAAUUAUUAUUAAAAAAUGGAGCUGAUAUCAACUUGCGUUCUGAGGAUAACCUAUACCCACUAGAAAUAUCUACGCUUGGAGGACAUUUUGAGUUAUCUAUGUUUCUUAUUGAAAAUGGCGCUAUAUUGCAAAGCAUUGUGAAUGGUAUGCCCAUUUAA